AUGGACCUCAUCGCCACAGGAGCUACCUCGAAUCCCAGUUGUGAGUUCCGUCACAACAGUCAACAUCACGAACCCGGCCUCCUGAUGGCUACCUACGAUACACUCCUGUUCUUUGCAUUGUUACCCAUUCCCAUCCCGAAGAACCCGGCCCUUACACCGGCUGAUGUGACGACUGUGAUUGCAACGCUCGGUAAAAGUCCCGAUGCACUUUUCGAAGGAGUUCAGUGCCAUAUAAAAGCCGGAAUCCAGUACAUUUCGAUCUGUACGCCUCCUGAUACGUUUGAAGAAAUUCAAGCCCUAUCGAUUGAAAUUGGAAAGCAGCACGACAGAGUUCGAAUUGAUGUGUGCCAGGCUAGCUAUGCCAAUAAGCGAAAACAACUUGCAUCCGCCAUUGCCCAGAUCCCUGAAGAUCGAAAGCAGGUCCAUCGAAUUAUCGUGUUCGCUGAUGACGAUAUACUAUUUCCCGAGAAUACCGUGCGAUGGAUGCUUGCAGCUUUUGAGAAGGAUAACGUUGGUGGAUUAAUGGGAUCCUUUGUGACUAUAUUCAACGUCGAAACUUCGAAAUUCUAG